UUCAGCCGCUGCUAUAACUGAACACAGUGACUGCUAACACCACAGGAGUAGUUUGGUCUGCGUUUGGACAAUUUGGUCGUACAUUUGAGCCCUCGUUUGUAGAAGUCAUGUUUUCCAAAGCCACUGCCAACUUCGUCCAUCAGAUUGACCCUGAAGGAAGCCUCAUCCAUGUGUCGCGAGUAAACGACUCAAAAAAACUGGUUCCUAUUGGACUAGUUGUCAAACGCAAACGCAUCUGGUUCUGGCAGAGCCCCAAGUACCAACCCACAAUUUUCACCCUCAGCGACUUGUUGCAAGGCGGCCAGGUGCUAAGUCCUGGAGUGUCCGAGACAGACUUUCUGACCUACAAGGGGACGUUUAGAGACGCAGUCUCCGGGAAGCUGGACCCCGAGGUUGGCCCCGUCGGUGGAACACUGGAGGGCCACGGCUCCUCCGAGCUCCAAUCAUGUUUUGGCAGGAUGUUGAAAGAGGAACUGGAUGUGAAAAAGCUGUUACGGGACUCCAGCAGCAGGCUGGUGGACAUGCAGAAUAAUCUGGUGAAGCAGAUGGAGAAGCGAGAGGAGGUGCUGGCAGUGGUGAAGGAGAGGAUCCUCACCACCACCCCCUGCUCCAUCACCCAGAAGAAAAGGGAGCAGUGCAUCUUCCAGGGGCUGGUGGGCCUGCUAGGGAGCCCUGCUAAGUUGUGUGUGAAGAACAGCAGCAACAUUGAGGCGGACAGCGACGUCUCCUUGGAGAUCCCGUCUGGAACAGUUAUUGCGUACAGCGUCCUGGAACUGGACAUUAAAAAGGAUGGACGCUAUGAUAUAUGCCUACGGCCUGGAACAAUAGGAGGCAUUGAAGCAGACUCGCCUGAGUCCUGGCCAUCCCAGGAUUCCUUGGAUUGGGUGGACGGCAUGUUUCCAGAGAAAGUAGCUUUGAUGCUAAAUGGAUCACAUGAGAUGGAUCUUUCUCCUCUGGCAGAGCUCCCCCAGUCCACUCGAUACGCUUUGUUCAAGAGACUCCAAGAGACUCUGAGGGACAGAACUGCCCUGUCACAUGUUGAGUGUUCGCUGGACGAGUUGUGCAGUGGUGAAACACUGGAUAUGGCCAAGCAUGAGGAUCUGUCAGAGAGUCAGAGAAAAUUAUUGUCAGCCAUACUGGAGCUGCUUGGCACAGACAGUGCUGCUGACGUCCCUUUACACCUUAAUGCAGCUCACCUGUUGGUCAGUGCCAUGGAAGAGUUGCCUGAUGAAACUCUGAGCCUCUUGAGUGAGAGCAGCCCUCAUUUUCUGGAGGCCUUCAACACAUUGAUGUGCAGGUUAAAGAAGAACAGCGAGCCUCUCUCCAUCCAGUGUCUCCCUGUCCUCCUGCAGGAAAACCAGGCCUUCCAGCAGGCAGAGCAGCUGCUCCGCUCCGCUAACGUGGCGCUGAAGAGAGACAUCGACAGGCUGUGGUCAGAGACAGGAAGUGAAGCAGGAGUGCUCCCAUUAAUCCUCUCUCUCUGCAUACAGGGACUGGCUCUGCUGUGCAAAGGGCAAAAGUAGUACUUAGUGUCUGCAUGUGCACUUUCCUCUUUUGUAUGAAAUAUAUUCCUUCCAUUUCUUUCUUCAUUGGAAAGUGUAUUCUAAAUUAAGCAUGAAAUCAUUGUAUUAUUAUAGUAUUUUUUUCAUAUUUUCAUACUAUUGCUACAAAUCUUCCCGUUACAUUUUUACUUAAAUGUAUUUUAUGAGCAAGCGCUUAUUUUUUUAUUUAAAAAAAAAGAUAUAUAUAUCUAUAUUUUACGCGAUGAAAUUCUAUACUGUUGUAGACAUGGUUUAUAAAUGUUCACUUUGGGGAUGUUUCCUUUAAUGGCACCUUACAUAAACCUGUACUACUAUUUCUUUGUAUAUAUUUGUAUUUAUACAGUACAUUUUCUUGUUCACUUACUUGUCAAUCAAUGAGAUAUAACAUUUUAAAAUUAGCAACAACAUUUUAAAUGUAAUGCAUGCGGAGGGUAUACAAAUUGAUCAAAUAUAUACAUGCAUGCAGUAUUAAAUGCAUACAAGUAUAUAUGGAUAAACUGCAGACGAAUGCAUAUUAUUGCAGAGGUUUUUAUUUCCAAUCGGGCUGUAUUUUAUUGCUGCUAAUGCUCCUUAUGAAAAUGUUCUUUUCAACAAUUUUAUUUAUAAUGAACGAUAUUUACCAUUCCCUGGAAUACUGUCAUUGAAUACAUAAAGCUACCUUAUAUUACAAUUCUUUAUUUUCAUCUGUGGAUUAUGUGGAUUUUUAGCUAUGAAGUUUUAUGAAGCUGACGUUGCCUUUUCUCCACUUUCUUAGUUUUGAUUGUUGACUGGACACAAAUAUGUUUUAUCCAUACUACAGUAAUCUAUUUUGAAGAAUGUUUUACUUUAUGUUUUUGUCCAUGUCAUUGCUCUAUUAAAGUGUAUUAUUUUGUCUUACAUAUAGGGCGAAUAAGCUUUUUAUUGUAUGAUUAGUAUCUCCCCAAUAUGAAGAAAUCUGAUGAAAAAUUAUGAAUUAUAUUUACCUUUCUUGGAGUUAUUUGAAAUAAAUGGUUUACAUGAGAGGUUAACCCCUGUGCUCUGUGAUUUAAAGCUAUAAAACAUAAAUAAAACAUUCAUUUUAUUUUU